CUGCAUUUUCUUCUGAAGUGUCGUAUUUAUUUUGCAAAGAGAUAUAAAAAUGUCACUGGUCAACUUCACCUUGCCGUAUCAGUCGGCGACGCCUACGCCGUUUUUCUACGGUGGACAAAACGGAGGACAGUCGACAGUGAACAACCUUCGCCUGAAUGCCGUACUUCCGCCUGCGCCAGCUCCAAAUUUCAACGAACAAGAACCAUUUCAAAACGAACCUUACAUACCACCCACUGGUUAUCAGCAACAGCAGCAGCAGCAACAGCAGAGACGUCAGUCGACCUUCAAUCGACAGAGAAAUACUAAUGCUUUCGUCGAACACACGUCCUUCUCAUCGACACAGGACACUCGAUAUGCGAAUUACAAUCAAGAUUUUAGGAGAACGCAACCGCGACAACAGCAACAGAUGAGACCUGGGUCACCACUGCCACAACAGCAGCGAGUUCCUGUAGAGAGAGAUCAAGAUAACUUUAGAACAUCCAGAAUGCCGGAACAGGAGAGUUAUCCUGACAGACCUAAUGGGUAUACGAGGGUUAAUGGUGAAAGUGGGCCUGGUACGAAAACUUCGAUUCACGCUGUUCUGGACUACGACGACGACUUCGACGAUUACUACGACGACAAGGACCCAGAGAUACCAAGGGACGCUCAUGUUACACCCAUCCAAGGCCCAAUUUUUUUAAAGAACGGUUCGGUCCCCGUGGUACCACUGUACUCUUAUCCUCAAUUGAACAAUGGUACAUUCGUGCAAAUACCGAUUCUUUGGACUGCACUCUCUGUUGCUUUGGGUGUUGAAUUGAGGGGAGAUUUGGUACGUGGUGUACCGUGCAUUAAAAAAUUUCACCAGCUGUUCUGUCCCACCGCCGGAAAUACAUACCCAAUAGAACGAAUAGAACGUUUUAUUGACGAAAAUAAGGCGUUGAUGAAGAGAAUGUAUGGCGACUUUGAAAUGAGUUCAGGAUAUGGAGCACCAAGGGAACCCGGUCAUCGAACACGUAGAAGAAGAAAAAGUAGAGAAGCUACGAAACACGAUAUUCCCGAUGGUGGACCCAGUUUUCGCGACGAAUUGGAUCCGGAAAUCGAGGCUAAUGGUGACUCAUUCUUUGCUAAUGUCAGAAAAACCAGGAAUCCCAGACAAUCUCCCGGAAAGAAUCGGAAUGAUAGUGGAAGGAUCGAUGCAUGUGAAUCUAAAGUGGAAAUUGUAACUCCUUAUUGGGCCAGUAACAGUGCUGGCAAAAUUCGUGCCAUUGUAAACACGCAGCACUUCGAGCAGGCCAUUCACCAAGAAGUUUGCUCAAAAACCCAGACAAACCGCUGUACCGGAGACUGUGGUUGUGAACAAAAGUACAAAUGGCACAGAUUACUCGCAUACGAUCCCGAUAACGAUUGCAAAGGUAUCUUCAUGGACUGGUUCCUCUUUCCUUCUUGCUGCGUCUGUAGAUGCGAUCCAAUUGCUAAUAAAUUUUCCUCACCGAACAAUCGAAAUUGA